CAUCUAAUUUACAUCGCUAUGCAGGAUUUCGUACACUAGCAAACCAUUGAUACCACAUGUACAGAAGGACUUCAUGCUCGUAUUGACACUCUCCGCACUUCUCCUCCAAACGAGUGCCGUCGCUUGCAUUAGAUGCGGCUCUCAGCAGACACUUGGAAACGUGUCAUUCACAUUCUACACGUUGACACCCACGGAAGUUACAGUUUUCGCGCAGUUCUUCGACUCCAACGGUUUUGCUGACUGGAUCUCUGACACUAGCGGAGCACGGGUAGGACAGGGAUACGUGCUGAGGUCUUCAAAGGUUUCUAAAGACCGACUGAUCCUUCCAAACGUUACAGAAUCGUUCGACAACUCGUCGUACAGAUACGUUCUGCACGGCAGGGCUAGUGGAACGGCGACUGUGAGAACCGGAACUAUUCCGUCUGUUUCUUUACGAAACGAGUCGGAGCUGCGAGAGUAUGUUGUAGCGCCGGGAGAGAGACCGCAUCCUUUGUGUUUGUCGGUGUUUGGAAAGCCGGUGCCCUCUGUUUCGGUCACUAGAGGCGCGCAUGUGCGAGUCCCAUUCAAUUGGACGAACGGCAGUCGCUGUUUGCAAGUGGAAGACUCAUUAGCACCGUAUGAGGAGAUUGUGGUUUACAGUGUGGUCGCGUCGAACUGCUUCGGGAACAGCACUAUUUCGUUUUCAGUGGAAGUGAGAGGUGGUGGUGACAGUGAUGAAGAAGUAUUUCCUUGGUGGGCAGCUGUCAUUGUUGUUAUUGGGUGUGGUGUACUCGGAGCUUUCAUUCUGUGUCUCGUCUGUUGUGUGUGUCGUCGAAGAGCUCACAGACACCUCGAAGUCAGAGAAAACAAUGGGAAGAACUCUUGCAAUAAUAAUAAUAAUAAUCCGGACGACAUACAGUACAUCGAAAUGAAUCCAUCGAAGGCAUCACCAUCGCCAGGACGAUAUUCGAAUGCAUUACGACCAGAGUCGAGUCACACUCUCUCGGUGAAGCCGUAUGCAACAAUCCAAAUUACCGCAGCAGAUCCGGUUCUUUUAGGCUCACCCGCUGUUGGCAGUGGAAACGGCACCUUAAAUCAUGAGAAUGAUGAUUACGAAGUGAUGACUAUGGUAUCCAAGAAAUCUCAGAACGACUAUGAGUACGAGACUGGAUAUGUUGCAGUCUCGAUGAAAGCUAGCGAUCUCGAUCAGUAGGUCGUACGUAUUGGUGAUAAAAUCCACAUCGUUUUCACCGUGUGUCACUCGAUUCGGUUGCAUCGUGAGUGUACAUUUUUGUGAACGAUAAAUUAGCGUUUUAUAGAAUAGAAAUUAUAUUAAUAUAUUAGAAGCAAGAGAAAGUGAGGUUUGAUAACAGCUACAA